CUGUGGAAAUGACUGUGGGAUUUUUAUGCUUAUGUAUACACUCUGCAUUGUGACAGACACAUGGUUUGAAUUCCAGGGGAUGGACAUGCCUUUGAUUUGGAAGUGGUGGUGUCUUCUUCUUAUGGAGCGUUUUAAAAUUGAUGGGCAUGGCCAGAGGUUUGCCUUCUGGACUGAUGAGGCCAGAAGCUUGUUACAGGGAACCCUUCAGCCAAUAUACAGAGUGCCAAGAAAACGUGCCCCCACUGAGGAAAUUCCAGUCCACAUGCAGGCUGUCUUUGACCGCACUGCAGAGGAAAAGAGACUGGUGGAUUAUAUUGUACAGUCACCAGGGGCUGAACAGCAUUUGGUGGAUGUACUUAAUGGGAAGACUUCAAAGUGGUAUCCUCCGAAGUCCUUUCGCCAGGUGCCUGUCUACCUUGACAGUGAAGAGCAACAGGACAACCUUUGUGCUUUUCUGAAGUGUGUUCUGUAUAAAACACCUAAGAAACUGAGCUUCACAGAUGAAGUGCAGUUAAUAUGUGAUGUUCUGUUUCCAGAGGCCAUCAUAUAUGGCCUGGCUGGGCUUCAGAAUGUGUCUCUGCAGGACGCUGAGCACGCCUUCCUCUCUGGAACACAUUAUCAUCACAGUGAAGUGGAGGAAUUUAAUAGAAAAAUAGAAAAACAAUUGAGAAAAGAGGGGAGAGCAUCCAGUUGGAGUCAGUGAAGACGUCCAUGCAGUUCUUCCUAUGUUGUUCAUGUCAUGAACACAUUUGUUUUUGUGUAUGUUCAAAUUCACCAGUUCGAGUUCUGUUGCAAUAUAUAAUUUUA